AGCCCUGAUCAAACAGACAGUGUGUGUUUAGUGGCUUCACCUGCAGCGUGCAGCUCAGUCAGCAUGGUUUCUGUCAGUGGUCUCCAAAACCUGCUGCCAGCUGCGCUGACAUUGGGGAUGACAUUUAAGUAUUGCUCGUCUCAGCCUGGAGAGACCUCAUCUACCAUGAACUACUCAGAAUAUAACUACAGCGUGGAUUACGCUGAUUUUGACGCGCUGUGUGUAAAAGCCUCCAACAACCGCUUCCGCCUGUGGUUUAUAUCGACCUUCUACUCCAUCAUCUGCAUCCUGGGGCUGGCAGGGAACCUCCUGGUCAUCCUCACCUUCUUCUACUUCAAGCGUCUCAAGACCAUGACCGACGUGUACCUGGUCAACCUGUCCUUUGCAGAUCUGCUCUUUGCUCUCACGCUCCCCUUCUGGGCAGCAAACUCCAUGGCAGAGUGGGUGCUGGGCCUGGUGGUGUGCAAAUCCAUGCACACCAUUUACAAGGUGAGCUUCUACAGCAGCAUGCUCCUCCUCUGCUUCAUCAGUGUGGACCGUUACUUUGCCAUCUCUAAAGCGGUCUCCGCUCACCGCCACCGCUCCCAGGCAGUGUUUCUCAGCAAGGUCUCGUCAGUGGUCAUUUGGGCGAUGGCACUGAUCUUCUCCAUUCCAGAUAUGAUGUACACCACGAUCAAUAACAUCACGUGCACCCCGUACUCCAGCACUUAUGUCCAGCUCCGUGUCCCCAUCCAGGCAAGCCAGAUUGUUCUGGGCUUUGUUCUUCCUCUCCUCGUCAUGAGCGUCUGUUACAGCAGCAUCAUCCACACCCUCUGCCAGUCUCACACCUUUGAAAGGCAUAAGGCCAUAAAGGUGAUUCUCGCCGUGGUCGUCGUCUUUCUGACGUGUCAGGUCCCGUACAACCUGGUCCUCUUCUGGACCACAGUGGUCACAGCACAAGGAGGAACCGAGGACUGCAACUAUGACAACCUUCUGCUCUACGCCACCGAUAUCACCCAGUGCGUAGCCUUCCUGCGAUGCUGCCUGAACCCCUUCGUCUAUGCCUUCAUUGGAGUCAAAUUUCGUCACGACCUCCUGAAGCUGCUGAAGGAGUUUGGAUGUGUGAGCCGGGAAAGUUUCUUCUGGUACACCAGUGGCAGGAGGAGGAGCUCGGCGGCCAACGACACGGAAACAACCACCACCUUCUCCCCCUAGAGCUGUUUCUGGGUGUUAUAGACUUGUGUUUCUGGGUGUUAAACAGUCUAAUCAAACAUAGAAGAGUCUGAAAUCAACAGUAACAUGUAUGUUCCAUGUACAUAGCAGAAGUCAUCUCACACUUAUGGUGUGUAUGUUGCUCUGUAAUCUGCAGUGUUUUUUUUACAUUAAAGUCUAAAAAACAUG